AUGCUCGGCUCAGUCAAUCCAAGAGGGAUUAUCUUUUAUAAUAAACUUAUAGACAAUCUUCUAAGCAAAGGAAUAGAGCCAUUUGUGACAAUUCACCACCAUGACCUGCCCCAAGUACUAGAACAAAGAGACGGGGGUUGGCUCAGUCCGGUAUUAAGGAAAGAGUUUGUACAUUUUACCUCUAUAUGCUUUGAGAGUUUUGGAGAUAGGGUAAAGUACUGGGUUACCAUAAAUGAGCCCAAUAUGAUGGCUAAAUUUGCCUAUCUCAAAGGACUAUAUCCACCGGCUCAUUGUUCUCCACCAUUUGGCAAUUGUUCCACUGGCAAUUCUGACAUUGAGCCUCUUAUUGGAAUGCACAACAUGUUAAUAGCACAUGCUAUGGCUGUUGAAAUGUAUCGUACUCUUUUCUGGCCGAAGCAAAAUGGGUUUAUUGGAAUUGUUGCGCAUGCAUUCAUGUAUGAACCGCUCAGGGAUGAAGAAAGGGAUAGGGAUGCUGUUGAUAGAGCCUUGGCUUUCAAUGUGGCCUGGUAAGUGCUCUUCAAUUUGUUUAGCCAUAAUUUAUUAGUAAUCAUAUGUUUCACGAGUCCUUUAAAUCUUAAUAAUUUAUUGAAAAAGUUCUAUUUUUUCAGUCCACUAGGAAAUAAUUUAUUUAAUUAACAACCACCAUGAAUAAAAUAUUGUUUAAGGUAGC